AUGGGUAAUUUAUCAAAUAUCACUCAGUUCCUCGAGCGAACAUUAUCAACUGUCGAGCAAAUCAGGUUUUUUGUUUUUAUUCAAUUGCAAAACUGGAAAGUAGGUGAGGGGAAAAAAAGUCCUUUUGGUUGCUGCUGCUUAUUUUUAAAGCUUAAUUGGAAGAAAGUAAAAAUAAAAGUAAAAAUAAAUGAACUAAUGAGGAAACCAAGAUUUGGAUUGAAAACGAGAAGGAUUUUCAAAACAAUAAAACAGCUCUUAUUACUAAUAAUAUUCUUAACUAUAAUAACAUCAUGGUCAUCCAUAAAAGGUCAUUUACAAAACAUCUCGCUCUUCUCCACUCGUGAUUCUACUAUUCAUCCAGAGUAUGAAGAGGGUCCUAUCUUAGAUAUUCAAAGACUUCGAUGUUAUCAUUGGUAUUCUACAUGCAAUGUACUAUGGCAUGAUGGAAUCUUAUGGCAAAGGAUCAAGAAAGAUUUAUCGGAUGAAAAAUUGUAUGCACUUGAAUCAACACAGUAUUAUGAUUCAUACAUUUACGUGAAAACGUUAUCUGCAAACAUGGAUACUUUGUCUCCUAAUAUACCUAAUGGUAGCCCACAUACGUUGAAACGAAUCUCAGAAAUUGCCAUGUCACGCGAUCCGACAAUAAUCCCGAUGCAAGUUAUUAGAGAUGUUAAUAAAUUGUUUAAAUCGAGUGAUAGUUCCAUGUUUCAUACUCAUGUUUUUCAUCAAAGUGGUGAUGAGCAUGAUCCAGUAUAUUCUGAUAAUCAUGCGCAUAAUAAGAAUAAAGAUAUAGACGUUCAUGAUGAUAAUAGCCACAUGAAUGGCUAUCAAUUUUUACAACAGAUUUGGUCAUGGCUUUUGGCAAUUAGCGACUCUCACGAUGAUGAUCUUUCUUUAAUGGGUGAAGAUUGGAAAUAUAGAGGGUCCGGUAUUUGGUGUAAAUAUGAAAAUGGGGUUGAAAUGGAACCAAUGAUUGUUAAUAAAUUAGAGAUAUAUUUAGGAUCAUCAUUUCAAGAAUUUAGGCAUAAUUGGAAAGAAAUCAUACAUGAAUAUAAGACAGAAAGGGACGAACGUGAUGUAUCGUUACCAAUUUCCAUAACGAGACAGAUUGGGAGGGGAACCAAAACAGAUCCUGAUAAAAUUAUUCUCAUUGAGAAAGAAACUGAAAAAAAAUUUGGGUUAAUGACUGCAUUUGGAUUUAAGAUAUUACAAGUUUCAGAUUUGCAUUAUAAAUGUUCCGAUGAAAGUAUAUCAAAUUUGAAAGAAUUUCAAACGAAUAAUUUUAUUAAGAAGGUAAUAUUAAGAGAAUUUCCCAAUUUAAUAGUCAUUACAGGGGAUAUUUUAGAUGGAACUAAUUGUGUUGAUUAUCAAACAUGUAUCAUGAAAUUGGUUCAACCGUUUAUAAAUUUUGAAAUUCCAUAUCUUAUUAUGUUGGGUACAUCAGACUAUUCUAGAUACGCUUCGAGAGAAUCUAUAUUGCAAUUCAUCAGAACGUUGCCAUAUUGUAUAAAUAAGUUAUCACAGAAUGUGAACGAUACCAACGUUAUGAUUCCAAUUUACAAUAAAUAUAAUGAUGACGACAAAGUUAAUGAUCCAUAUAUAAUGAUUUACGGAGUUGAUUCAUUUAAUCCAAUUGAUAAUACUAAGAUGAAAAACGAGGGUUCUGUAAAAUGGGACUAUGGAUUAGCAUUUAGAUCAUUACCGAUUCCAGAGUAUAGACCAGAAGGCAUGUUCCCAAUCGUUGGUCAAUAUAAUGAAAAAUCCUCGUUAACAUUCGAAGAAUUUGCUAAUAACGAUGACUCUGUGGAUGCUGAUGAUGGUGGUGAUGGUAGAUGGAUAGGGGCAAAUAAAUUACAAGAUUUCUUGAUAUCAGAAAAUGUUCAAGUAUUAAGUUGUGGACAUGAGCAUAGUAAUGAUUGUUGUCUUCAGUCCAAGAAUAAAAUGUGGUUAUGUUAUGAUGGAAGUAGUGGUAUGGAUGUAGCCAGAUUAGAGAACAUUCAUGCAAGUGUUAGAUUAUUUGAAGUUGAUACUAAUGCUGGUGAAAUAACUUCAUGGAAACGUAAUUCCAAUUCCAUUGAUAACGUCUACGAUUAUCAAUACAUAUAUAAGAAAAAUUGA